GACCUCUCGCAGCGAAUUGUCUCUGGUGUGAGGCACUUGGAGAUAGAGGCGCUCGCAGGAGCUGGGGAGGACACGGGCGACAACGGUGACAUGCACAACAGCGAAGCACGGGAAAGCCUGCAGAGGGCUGUGCGCUUGCAGAUGGAAAUGGAGCAGCUGAAGACCAGGAUGGACAGCCUCAAAGGCGGAGAUGAUUUGCUGCUUGCUGGGCACCUGCUGGACUGCCGAGAAGCAUUGAGACGUUUGGCGGACCAGGCAGCUGCUGAGAAUCAGAAGGCUGAGAACAACCAAGGCGAUGGCAACUUACUGUGGAAGCAACUCGCCAGCGACCUUGAGGAGGUGCAGAAGGACUUGGAUGCGAAGCUGUCCAGCAAAGUGCCCAGAGGCUGGCGGGGCAUGACGAGGAGCCAGACUGGAACUUCGGAGGCCUCAAGAUGGCUAAGCCGGCUGAAGGAGGCGGCCUCGCGCGCUGCACUCUUCGCCCGGGCGGUGCGCUCACGGAAGGACAAGGAGCAGCUUCAGAAGCUCCAGGAGCAGCUCUUGAGCGAGCUGCAGAGCUCAGAGGCUGAAGCUGCGGAAGGAGGGGCUCGGGGCGACAAGUGGAAGCAGCUACACAGCCUGUGGUCGCGAUUGAAAGGCGAGUUGGAGCAGGCGAAGCAGCUUCCAUCAGGAACUUCCCAGGAUGCUGCAAGCCGACUUACGAGCUUCGUUGCAGCCCGCCGCUCCAAGCUGACCUCGCAAAAGCGCAGCCAAACGCAGCCACUGGGAUCUCUGGCAGAGGAUGUGGACAAAGCCGCCGCAGAGAAGAUUCGCGAAGACUUGGAGAAGCUCCGGCGCAAAGUGAAGCAGCUCCCUGGCAAGGCCGGCUCCGAGCAGCAGCUCCUGAUGGCCGGAUUUUUGCAGCUGCAUGGGGAGGAGCUGGCGGCGCUGAAAGAUGCGAUCAAGGACCGUGCAGACAAGGCUGUGGAUAUGGACGACAUGGCCGACCUCAGCUGGCAGCAGCUACGUGCUGAUUUGGAGGAUUUGGAAGCCCAGCUGUCUGGAGCAAGCACAUCUGCAGGUCGUUUGACUGCCGGAAUAGGUUCAAGACUGCUUUCGCCCAAGAAGGGCGGGAAGCUCGCGCCAUUGAAGAAAACGGAGCCUGAUGUGUCAAAGGACUUGGCCCAGGCUGCAGGCAGUUUUUUGCAAGCCUCUGAAGCGCUUGCAAAGAUCAGGCAACGGCAGCUUGAGGAGACCAAUCCAAUGCUUCGAUUGGGGCAAGCAGUGUCAGACGAGCAGGCCCUGGCGGAGUUGGAGAAGGAUGUGGCAACGGCGCUGGCCAAUUGUCGAGGUCAAGGAGACGAGAAGGCCACUCUGCAACUGCUCUGGCAGAAACUGCAGGAAGAGCUUGCAGAGGCGCGCGCCACAGCUGCGAAGGACCAAGACAUAGGAGAUACUUCGAGUGGGUUCUCGGCUCACUUGCUUGCCUCGCAAUCUGAUGAGGAGAUCUUUUCGGACGAAUUGGAGGCAGACUAUGGCGCCGAGCGGCAGAGUGCCUGGGGCUGGGGUGACCAAGGCCAAGGCCAAGGAGCCCAGAGGAAGGCUUCGGGGCGCGAGCACUUGCUGUCUGCCCUGAAGCUUCUGCAACAGGACCUACAGGAUGAGGAUUCCCCGCAAGUGGAGAGGCUUGCGGCGCUCUGCCGCUCUUUGGGCCUGCUAGACCCAGAGAAGAGCCUCAAGGAUGGUUUGCGCUCCAGGCAGGCAUGGGGCGCUAGUGCCCUGAAUGCCGCAGGUACAGAAAAGGACUCGCGGUCGAGUUCAGACCGUGACGCCUUGCAGUCGGUGCUGAACAUGUUGCAGAGAAACGUGGAGGUUGGCGGCGAUAACAGCGAGUCGAUGCAGAUGCUGGCCGCGAUUUGCAGCAAGCUUGGACUGAGCACAGAGAGGGGCGUUGAUGAUUCCCCGCUUCCAGAGGAGGUGCAGCGGCGAGCGGCCCGCUUGGAGGAGCAGUUGGAGCUGCAGCGGCAAAACCUGCAGAGGCACAAGGAGGCAGCAGCCGUGCUUGCGGGGCAUUCGCUUCUGCAUCAAAGCCUGAUAGAGGGCGCAGCGCAAGAGCGUGAUGCCUGUGCCAGAGACUGCGAAUUGGCUUUGCAGGACGCCUCUCCGAAAGAGUGCGAGAGAUUGGCCGCGCAGAGCGAAGACCUCCAGCAGCUCUGGCAGAGCUGCGCCGCUGGCGCGCAGCGCCUGCGCCAAGAGCUGGCAGAGGCGGCUGCCACAGACCCCAGUACCCGGGCCUUGCUCAACGCCCUGGACACCGCGCCGAAUUUGGGCGCGGCCUUGCGGGCGCUGGCGCGUUUGGAUGACCAGCUCGAGCAGCAGCGGGCCGCUCUAAGGGCGCGUGGCAGGCGCCGGCCGGGGGAUUUGGAUGAAGCCACACUGAUCGGCCUCAUCGAGAAGAAGAACAAGGCACUGAGGCAACUCGCUGAGGCCGCCAACGGCAGGCUGGAGGACGAAGCGUGGCGAGCAGUCUACGACGCCUGGCGCGGGCAGAUUUCCGGUGGCCUGGAGCAGCUAUUGGCAGUGGACAUCUCUGGUGCUGGCAGCCCCACACAUGGGAACGAGGUGUCAGCGAACUCUUCCGCAGCCUUAGAGGCGCGUGGACGCCUCGCUGGGUUGGAGGAGGAAUGUGAGCGCCGCCGGCUUCAGGCCAAGCGAGGGAAUGGCUGGAUGGGCUCGAAUGUGCAGCUGGAUGCCGAUCAGGAGCUGUCGGAAUCUUUGCUGGACUCAGAGGGAGCGAAGGGCAAUGAAUUGAAGCUUCUGGAGGAGCAGCUCCGCAGGGUUCAGAGCAGCCUCGGCCGUGAAGGGGGUCAGGACUCGACGAUGGCUGCUGGCCUGCUUGUGCAUGACAGCGCGUUGGACAGCAUUGCCCAACAGCUGGAUAAGUACCGCCGCCGCCUCGCGCAGGAUCCAGGCAACAAAGAGCUGGAGGCUCAGUGCGAUGCGCUGAGUGAACUUCUGCAAGGCUGCAGGGGGUUGGCAGAUGCCAAGAUGCGGGAGAUUCUGGAGGGAGGAGAUCCGGCUGCAGCGGCGGUGCUGGCGCUUAGACGCACUGGCAAGAUGGCAUUCACAGAUGACGACCGGCAAGCGCUGCUGGAAGAGGCGCUUCGGCGCUUGGCGCGCUUCGACGACCAGCUGGAGAGGCGGAAGGCCACCUUGGCCAGGCGGAGGAAAAGGGGGCAGUCCGCAGAUUUGGAUGAUGACGAUCUCAGACAGCUGCUCGCGGACAAGGCAAAUGCCUUACAGCAACUGGAGGAGCUGUUGGAGGCCUCGGGGGGCGACCCGGCGCUGCGGCAGCUGCGGGAUCUGUGCCGAGAUCGGCUGGCGGCGGACCUCUCGCAGCUCGUGGUCUCGAGCGAUGGCCUUGCCGGCCGCGAGGGCUGCGACCCCUCCGAGCUGCUGGCGGAAGCGCGGCGCCGCUUGGCAGUGCUGGAGGAAGAGACGGCUGGUCAGCGGUUUGCCCGGCGCCGGCGCGCCAGCGAGGAUCCCAGCACAGUCGCAGGGAUGGCUAGUCACAUUCAACGCCUGGAGGAGCAACUUCAAGAACUGCGCAGCAGAAUGCAGCGCCUGCGAGGUGACAUCGGCCAGCCCGACAAGGACUCGGCAAUGCUGGCGGCACAUGUACUGGAACACGAGCGCUCUUUGGAGGACAUGGCGCAUGAGUGGCAGCGCUGCCAACGCCAAUUGCAGUGCACGGAGGUGUCCAGUUCCCACGGCCAGGAAGACGAGCUGCAGGCCCAGUCGGACCUUGUGGGGGACCUGCUUCGUGGGUGCCGAAGUUCCAAUGCGGCGCUCGCCCGGGAGAUCGCCGAGGCCAGCUUGGACGAUCCAGCCAUCGCGGCAAUUCUGUCAAAGCGCACGGACAAGAAGGCCUUUGCUGAUGACGAUCGGCAAGCGCUGCUGGAGGAGGCGCUUCGGCGUCUGGCACGGUUCGACGACCAGCUGGAGAGGCAGCGGGGCGCUCUGGCAAGGCGGAGGAAAAUGGGGCAGUCUGCGGAUUUGGACGAUGACGAUCUCAGGCAGCUCCUUGCAGACAAGGCAACCGCCCUGGAGACACUGGAGGAGCUGUUGGCGACCUCGGGGGGCGACCCGGCGCUGUGGAGGCUGCGAGAUCUGUGCCGAGAUCGGGCGGCGGACCUCGAGCAGCUCGUGGCCUCGAGCGAUGGCCGUGCCGGUCGCGAGGGCUGCGACCCCUCGGCGCUGCUGGCGGAAGCGCGGCGCCGCUUGGCAGUGCUGGAGGAAGAGACGGCUGGUCAGCGGUUUGCCCGGCGCCAGCGCGGCAGAGCAGCCGAGAAGGAUCCCAGCACAGACGCAGGGAUGGCCAGUCACAUUCAACGACUGGAGGAGCAACUUCAAGAGCUGCGCGGCAGAAUGCAGCACGUGCGGGGUGACAUCGGCCAGCCCGACAAGGACUCAGCAAUGUUGGCGGCACACGUGCUCGCUCACGAGAGCUCUUUGGAGGAGAUGGCACGUCAGUGGCAGCGCUGUCAAUUCCACUGCACGGAGGCCCAGUCGGACCUUGUGGGGGACCUGCUUCGUGGAUGCCGAAGUUCCAAUGCGGCGCUCGCCCGCGAGAUCGCCGAGGCCAGCUUGGAUGAUCCAGCCGUCGCGGCAAUUCUGUCAAAGCGCACGGACAAGAAGGCCUUUGCUGAUGACGAUCGGCAAGCGCUGCUGGAGGAAGCGCUUAGGCGCCUAGCGCGGUUCGACGACCAGCUGGAGAGGCAGCGGGGCGCUCUGGCAAGGCGGAGGAAAAUGGGGAAGUCGGCGGAUUUAGACGAUGACGAUCUCAGGCAGCUCCUUGCAGACAAGGCAACUGCCCUGGAGACACUGGAGGAGCUGUUGGAGACCUCGGGGGGCGACCCGGCGCUGCGGAGGCUGCGGGAUCUGUGCCGAGAUCGGGCGGCGGACCUCGAGCAGCUCGUGGCCUCAAGUGAUGGCCCUGGCCGCGAGGGCUGCGACCCCUCCGCGCUGCUGGCGGAGGCGAGGCGCCGCUUGGCAGUGCUGGAGGAAGAAACGGCUGGUCAGCGGUUUGCUCGGCGUCGGCCCGGCAGAGCAGCCGAGAAGGCAUCGUCCCGCGCAGGGCAGCAUGGUCCUCCGAAGAUGCCGUUGACCGAUGAUGCGAAGGCCCGGCAAGCUGCGCUGGCCGACGCGGCAAGACGAUUGGCAUGUUUCGAGGAGCAACUGGACACCCAGCGCCAGGGUCUCCUGAAGCGCCGCCGCGCGCCCGCGGCUGAGGCCGACGGGGUGCUUGCAGCCCACGCCUUGCUCCACACCAGUUCUAUCGAUGCGCUGGCUUCAGAGCGGGAUGCCUGCUACCAGCACUGCCAGAAGCUAUUGCAGGAGGCAUCCGUCGAGUCCUGGACAGAGGAUGAGAAGGUGGCCUGCCAGCGACUGGCAGCGCAGUGUGAGUCGCUGAGCGAUACUUGGAGCUCCUGCGCACAGAGUGCUGAGCUUCUCAGCAAGGACGUGUCCAAGGCAGCUCCCUCUGCCCUCACAUCCAUCUUGCGCAGUGAUGCAGACGACACGCAGGCAGCCCUUGCGGAGGCACUGCGCCGGGUGGCGCGCUUCGACCAUGAGCUGGAGCAGCAGCGCUCCUUGCUGCAGAGGCGACCAGCGCCAAACAAAGCAAUGAAUGAUGCCAUCCUGUCAUCCUUGGUGGAAGAGAAGAAAACCGCCCUGGCGCAAUGCGAGGAGAAUGCGAGUGACGUUGCUUGGAAGGAAGUCCGUGAACUUUGGCAGGGCCCACUGACGUCUGGCUUGGAGAAGCUCACGGUGUCUCUCUCCGAGGCGAAGAGCAGCCCGUCGCGCCUCCUAGAAAAGCCAGACACAUCGGCAGCUCUCGCGGAAGCUCGCAGACGCCUGGUCACGCUGGAGGAGGAGACGGAUCGCCAGAGGGUUGGCCUGCGCAAGCGCGGGAGAGCUGAGGAGGCGCAGCGGCGCAAGCUGCAGCAGCUGGCGGCGAACGCGGCGGAGUUUCAGGAAAUCGCCACGGAGCACUGCCAAGGACUGAAAGAGCAGCAGAACAACCUCAGCGAGGCCAUGGAAAAAGACUUGGACCCCAUGGAGGAGAUCGAAGCCUGGCGCCAGCAGGUGGGCCUCGAGGAGCUUCAGGCAGCUGCCAGCAGAAUGUCGGAGCAGCUGGCAACCAUUGAGGAGGAGGAAGACCUGGAAGCUUCCGAAUUGCCCGCCGAUGUGAGCUCGCCGAAGCGCUGGUUGAGCAACACCAACACAGACACAGCAGCUGCGAAGCAGCAGUGCCAAGUCAUGCAGGCGCGGCUCUUGGAGAUGCGGGAGGAUGAAGAGCGAGAAAGGCUCCUGCUGCGGCGGCGGCAGCAGCAAAGGCCAGUGAAGGAGUCACCUGCGCAAGCAGAGUCGGCCGCGCGGGAGACGGAAGAGAGCUCCAGGGACUUGCUGCUAAAGCUGUUGCGGGAUGCUGCCCGGGCCGAGCACCGCGAUGUCUUCUUCUUUGACAACGGCGACAUCAACGACGGCACCGGGCUUUCUGCCUCCGCAGAGGAUCAUGUGGCUUUUCUAGCGCCAGUGAUGCGACGCUGGGUGCUGAAUGGACAGGCGGGGUAUGACGCCCUAAAUCUGGGGAACCACGAGCUGUAUCAGCGAAACGGGCAUGGACUCCUGCCGGGCCCUGAAUGUCCCAUCGUGGGCCUGCAGGAGUCUGGGUACAUCGCCUCCUGGCGAGGAAGAUACCUGACCGCGAACGUGGUUUGGUCCAACAGCUCUCAGCCCGUGGGAGAUCGCUAUGCAGUACUGCAGGGGGACUUUGGAACUAAGUUGCUUGCCUUUGGCUUCUUGUACAACAUGGACGACCACUGUGAUGCAGUCAAGGUCCUUGAUGUCGAGUCUGUGGUUAAAUCGGAUUGGUUCUUGAGCGCCCUGGAUCAGCAGUGCGAUGCUGUGGUGGUUCUAGCUCACAUGGACUAUCGAGACACGCUGGUGGACGUGAUUUUUCAGGCGAUUCGAAGAAGGAUGGGGGCAAAGAAGCCCAUCCAAAUCCUGGCUGGGCAUUCGCACAUUCGCGGCUACAGGCAGCUGGACGACUUUGCCUCCGUCUAUGAAGCCGGCUGCAAGCUUGACACGGUGGGAUUUCUGUCCUUUGAGCGAAUUUCCGACGGCAGCGCCUUGCGGUUUCACCAUGCCAACAUCACGGGCAGCCGACUUGACUUAGCAGGCGCCCUAAAUCGCACGCCGCAGCAGCUGCGCCCCAGCGCGGGUGUGCAUCAAGCGCUGGAGUUGGCGCGUCGGAGGGCGAACAGCGAUGAUGUCCUGGGUUGCGCUUCUGACCACUACCACUUGGCCUCGCCCUUGCAGGAGAGUGGCUCAUUGUGGUCUUUUUACAUGAAUACUGUUCUCCCGGGCACGCUCAUCAAUGCCAGCGAGCAGAUUGCCGUGGUGGGGACUGGGGCACUGACAUACGACAUCUAUGCUGGUGAGUUUCUGGUGGACGAUGCCUACACUGCUUCGCCCUACGGCAACUUCUGGCUGAUCUUGGAGCAGCUGCCAGGGGCCGAUCUGGCGGAGCUGCUGUCCCAGCUGAACCGAAAGCCCCCGACUGGCCGUCCGCGCCGUGCUCGAGUGCCAGACUACGUCAGCUCGGGUGAGCCCCAAAAAGGGAACUUCUAUGAGUCUCGGCUGAGCGAAGCUUGGAGACAUCAACUGGAGAAGUUGCGGAAGGAAGCGGUGAUUGAAGAAGAGAAGCAGGAGCCAGAGGAGCCAGAGGAGCCACGGGAGCGUGAGACUCCCGAGCCGAAGCCUCCCAAGGAGGAAUUAGCGGCAGCGCUGGCGGCAUCAGAUGAACGGCUUGACUUUGUCAGCCGCAUGGGCAAAGACUUAUUUUCCCAGCUUGAGGUGAUCUUCCAAUCACAUCCAGCUGACGUGGGGACUGCAGUAGCGGGAGCUGUGGAGAGGUGGCGCCAGCUCUUACCACAAGAGCUGCACAGUGCAGAGGAUGGGGCUCAGACCGUGGAGCAUUUGGAACGAAUGGGUGGCGCGGCAGAGAGGGCAGCACAGGUUGUGCAGGAGGUAGACUUCAGCUCGCAGCGCCAAGCUUUCAUGAAGUCCUGGAAAGAUGGUCUGACCAGCAGCACGCAGGAUCAAGCUGAGUCAGAGGGCUUCUCACAAAUUUGGAAGGAGUUUAACAAAACAUAG